GACCCUCCUAAAAGACUCCAUAUUGCUUAAUUCUUUCAGUGGAACAGAUUUUUAUUUUGUAUCAACCUCCAUGACAUGGCAUGAAGCUCAGAGCUUCUGUAGAAGUAACAACUCGGAUCUUGUAACUGUUACAAGUCAAGAGAUGAAUCAGAAGCUCUCAAAUAUUUCAAAAAACUAUCUUCACGGUAUUUUCUGGAUAGGGCUCUAUCAUGACAGAGACAUCUGGCAGUGGCCCAAUGGAGAAAAAACAAGCUAUUACAAUUGGAAAAGGAACUUGUUUUGUGCUUAUGCUAAGAUGGACGGCUCCUGGAUGGAUUCAUACUGCGAUGUUUUGAAGCCUUUCAUAUGCUACAAAGAAACCAAGAAUAUCAAUAGGAGCUAUUUCUGGAUAAAUGAGAGUGUGUCUUGGAGCAGCGCUCAGAACUACUGUCGGGUGAAUUACAAAGACCUGGUCAGUAUAAGGAAUGAGAAUGAAAACCAAAAGAUAAUGAAGACAGCACAGAGGGGCAACUUCUGGAUUGGCCUGUUCAACAAUCAAUGGAAAUGGUCUGAUGGGCAAAAUUCAACAUUUCAAAACUGGGAUCUAAAUUGGCAUCAAAACUGGCAUCGAGAUUAUGAAAGUGAAAAAUGUGGGAUUAUUAAUCCAAAUGGAAAGUGGUCUGCCUAUCUCUGCAACAUUCUGCAAAACUUCUUCUGUAGUAACAGUUCCUGUGGGCCUCUUUCUUGCACUACAACAUAUUUAUUUAUAUCAGAUUUGAAGUCCUGGUAUGAUGCCCAGAGACACUGCAGAUCACACUACACAGACCUAGUCACUGUUGAGAAUCAGACUGUAAAUGACCAGCUGUUACAAAUCUCAGGACAAAGAAAGGGAUGGAUUGGGUUCCGACAUGGAAAUGAUACUUGGCAAUGGUCCAAUGGAGAUCAGCUGACCUACAGAAAUUGGAAUCCAACCCGUUACUGUGCUCAGGUUCAACCAGAUGGCUCAUGGGCAGAUUCCUAUGGCUAUGAUCAGAUCCAUGUCAUGUGCUACAAGGAAAUGAGCAACAUAAGCGAGAGGUAUGUCUGGAUUAAUGAGACAAUGGACUGGUCCAGAGCUCAGAACUACUGCAGAGUGAACUACAAUGACCUGGUCAGUAUUAAAAAUGAAAGGGAAAAUCAGGAGAUAAUGAAGAAGGCACAGGGCAGUCGCUUCUGGAUUGGCCUGUUCAACAACCCUUGGAAAUGGUCUGAUGGUGGGACAUCCACAUUUCGAAACUGGUACCAGAAUUCACAUUGGUACAACCCGAAAGGAGAGAAAGUUUGUGUAUUCUGUACACAGGAUGGAAAAUGGGAAGAGGGAAACUGCAUAAUUUCCUUUCCCUUCUUCUGCAGUAAAAGAAAUAAAAGGGUGACUCUGAGAAUCAGCUUUGAAAGCAAGAUCAAUGAUGAAAUCCAGAAUUUCAGCGAAAACAUCUUAAAUGAGUUAAAGAAAUAUAUUCCCCAACAAGCUCUAAUGAACAGCAAUAUUUCUUGGGUGAAGAGUGACAAAGGAGUAAUUUUUACAAAAGAAAAAAACAAAGGAGGGACAUAAAGGGUAGUGUGGAUCCUAUAAAAGAGUGACAUUCUCUUUGCAGUAUGUGGUACACAAUUGUUUUAUGUUAAGUAUGUAUUACAGUAACCUUUACACAAUUUAGAUAAAAAUAAACAUAGAUUUCCGUUUAAUGCCAAAAAGUUUGAUAUAAUUUAGAAUAUUAUUAAAUUUAUCCUGUUGUAGCAGAGAGUAGAAAACAAGACACUGCCAGUAACAUAGUUGCUGUGGCUAUCUGCAUAUCUCUUUUUAUUUAUUUGUCUACUUGGACUUAAUAAAAUGAAGAUCAUCAUAAAUCUGUCUCUUGCAUUAGUUUUAAGUUCAUCUAGAACAGUGUUUCUCAAACUCGGUCCUGUGGACCCCCUGUGGCUGCAUUUUUUUGUUCC